GAGGCUGCCGCAGUCCAGGAGGGUCGAAAGAACGCAGGCGUAUCGAAUUUGCCUGCUGGCUGGCAUUUGGAUGACCCAAAUGUUGACGCCUCAGACCUGGAGUUCGACUGUGAUGAGGCAGCUUGGUACGACUUUCCGGAGAUCCGGGAUCAGUACGCGGAAAGCUGUCAAGUGCUGAUAAAACAACGAGGAAGCAGGAAUCGAGCAGUCAAUUAUAUGGCAAGAACAGAGGUACAGGUACAGCAGGGAACAAAGGCGGACCUCCAUCCCCACAAUCAUCAAGAUCCCAUUCAUAGCACCAGCGCGAAUAAUAUGAAUACCUCCGUACAAUUGCACCAAGCAGGUGACCACCACCAUUUGCUGAAUCGCGGUCGCCCACACGGCACGAGUUUUUUCUCGAAUGAGACGUGGGAGGAGACAUUAGUGCCGCAUAUAAAGCGGAUGCUGCCAGAUGUAGUGGUGAUCAACGCUGUGCUGUCGACCAAACAGCAGAUGUUCGCGGAAGAAAUCGUACGACAAGCUUUGAUGGACCGAAAAGAGGAGGAAAACGAAAAGGAGUUUUUAAGGAAUGUUUCGUACGUUUGUUCGUGGUUCUUGUCGUCGUCUUUGAUUGUUUUGAUAUUCAGGAGCUGCAUUGAUGAUAGAAUGAAAUUUUUAGUGCUAGUAGAUGUUCAUCUUAGAGCACUUAGAAGAACCAGCGAGGAUAUGGUGGAAGAAGUACAGCGGGUAAAAGCACAGGCACAGGUCUGCUCUAACUUUCGAACGCGAUAAGCUCCGUAGCGGUAUGCCUGGCUCCCCACUUUGCACUGAGGAUGCAGACGACGAGGGGAUCUUAAGGCUUCUCCUAAAAAUCCAUCUUGUGGAGCAUCCUUAGGAGGCAUUUCAUCAAGGGAAAAAUAGUCCCAGACUGGAUCAUCUCGAGAUGGAUAAGUGCGAGCUCUAAGGAUAAGCUUGGAUGAAGAUCUCUGUCCCGACGACGAAGAGCGAGAUGCAGAUGGAAACGUGAUCCGAAAGCGUCAAAAGAAAUUUCCCUCCUUCAUCGAAGUUUGCGAUCGCAAUCGUCUCGUUUUGGAGAUUUUUGCGGAAAGAGCAAACUCUAGACUGGCGAAGAUGCAAGUUGCCAUAGCGAAACUACGGUUUCUGAAAACGAAGCUGCAACGCGGGAGCAAGAUACGGCUGAGAGCAGUGUUGGAGUUGACUGAUCACAAGCUGCAGCAAGGUCGUGUGGCGAUGAGCAGCACCGAGAUGGACCGAGAACGACAUAAAAGCGCUGUCACCAACCUCGAACCGCAUCAGACCGAAGACAUGCUCUUGCAGAACUACUUGAAGAAACUCCACAGGCAGUUAGACGCCCUUCAGAAAAUGAAGGCGAACCAGCGAGAAACAAGAAAACAGUCAGGCGUAUUCACGAUCGGCUUAGUUGGGUACACCAACGCAGGCAAGACCCAAUUGAUAAACCGAUUGAGGACCGACGCGAUUGCUGCAGAACGCGCAGCUGCGGAUAGUGAGAGGUUGAAAGCCAGGGACUUGCUGUUUCAGACUCUAGACACGACGUUAAGGCUGGACCUAAUAGACCUUUGGACGCAUCCUUGAAACGUAUGGAGGAGUAUCCUAAGAGAAUACUCUCCCAUACUUCUCAAGGAUGCACUUGAAAGAUGAAUUAUGGACAGCUCUAACGACGUUGCGCAAAGUGACUUUGCCACGAAGUCGGCGCGUCGCGGUUGUCGCUGACUCGGUUGGAUUCGUGCAAAAUCUGCCGCAUUUUCUGUUCGAAGCCUUUCAAAGUACGAUUGCGGAAUUAAUUGCCUGUGACUUGAUCCUUCAUGUCCGCGAUAUUAGUCACGUAAAUACCGAAAAACAAAGACAAACGGUGUUACAGACAUUGGAGUUGGCAGGUAUGGAUUUUGCUUCGAAGCCUGUUGUUGAGGUGUGGAAUAAAAUGGAUUUGGUUGUUGAAGGGCGAGAUGGAGAAGACGCACUGAAGAAAAGGGCGUCUUCCUCUGCUGUGCUACAAGAAGGGCUCGGAUCAUUUGCUUCAACGAGCAGCGCGGUGACGACAAGUACUUUUUCCGCUGCCUCCAGCACAUCUUCAAGUGAGCAGGAUUUAUCUGCGUCCUCAUCGUCGUCUUCUGCCCCCACGACCACCUCCCCUCAUCUUUCUGACAGGAGCAAAUUAGAGGAAAAAGAUAGUUUCGCCCCAGCCGCUAUAGUCAAGAUUUCUGCCCUCAGAGGAGACGGAUUUUCUGAACUUCUCCACACCAUGGAGAAGGAGCUGAACAAGGCAAGGAAUUGCGAAAGAAGGCCUUAUACUUACCAUGUUCGACACACAGCGAGAGUUUCACGUUUCCUGCAUGAAGAAGGGCUCUUCUUGAUGGGGCAGGGCACAGGUGGCUCUGCUGGAGAGGGAGAUGACGACGCUGACACUGACAACUACGACGAGGAAAACGCCGAAGUGGAGGGGCAGCUCAACGCACAGGAGGACGGCUGUGAAGAACAAGGUAGAGGGGCAGCGGCCAAAGAUGUUGAAAAUCUCGAGGAAGAUAGAGGAGAGGAGGACGAGGCAGAUGACGCCAUAUCAGAGGAGGAAGAAGAAGAUCUCGAAGACGAGGAAGAAGAUAUUCAAAUAUCAGACUGCGGGGAAUGGAUGACGGCGCAACUCCUUCUCACAGAUUUACAACGAGAGCGUUUCGAAAGAUUGUUGGGGGAAUUGAAUUCUAAGGAUGGCCGUGCCGACGGCAGAGAUGUGAAGAAAAGAAGACGCUGUUGAGGUUACUUGUUGUUGGGGAUGGUUGAUGAUGUUGAUGUCGGGACAUAAUUGAGGUUCUUGAUCACAUUUAAUGAGCACGACAACCACGCGCACACGGAUAUGGACACACCUAGUGAGGGAUAUAUGCACAACUCGAAGACAUUGCACUUGUCACAGCCAUGAGGCAGACGAGUAGUACGCACAGGCAGCAAUGGGAGGUCUUGCUCCUUGUCGAGAGACUGAAGCGAAGAUGAAAAUCAAAAUUUGCGAUCAUGAACUGCUAAGGCUAUUAAUGAUAUCCAUCGACAGAGCAGACAAU